AACCCCCUCCUCACACACAGAUAAACACACACACACACACACACACGGAUGUGUACUGGCUUUGUCAGCCCAGGCACGCGAUCAGAUCCGAUACCGAUCCCACCGAACUUCGGACUUCGUGCACGUGCGUGAACUUUAUAUUUGCACGCGCCGCUUCCUUAUCGCUUUCUCUUGAUUUUCUGUCUCUGUUCGAGCAAGGACCCGUUAUCUCCUUCCUGCUCUCGCCUCCCCGCAGUCCACACCAUCGACUGAGAGCAACACAAUGACGUUAAAAUCCGAUAAGAACGAGCCUGCGGUGGUUUUGGAGAGGGUGAACAGCGCGCGCACGGCCCUGUCUGAUCUGUACCUGGAGCAGCUGCUGCAAAACAAACCCAAGACUGAGCAGACAUUUGAAGCAAAGGAGCAGGAGACCGUAUACACGAACGGCAGCACUGGCCAUAUGAACAUCAAAGAAGUGUCUAAGAUGCGCGAGGUGGCCUUCGAGAAGCAUCAGUCAGAACCACUGGGUGUGACUCUCAAACUAAACGAGAAACAGAAGUGCAUGGUGGCAAGAAUAUUACACGGAGGGAUGAUCCACAGGCAAGGUUCCUUACAUGAAGGAGAUGAAAUUGCUGAGAUUAACGGUAGAAGUGUUGCCAAUCAGAGUGUGGACCAACUGCAAAAGAUUCUGAAAGAUACGGAGGGCAUCGUCACUUUGAAAAUCAUCCCGAAUCAGCAAAGUCGCUUCAUGGUUUGUGAGAUGUACAUGAGGGCUCAGUUCGACUACGACCCUGCCAAGGACGAGCUCAUCCCAUGCAAAGAGGCCGGCCUUAAAUUCAAAACCGGUGACAUCAUCAAGAUCAUCACCAAGAAGGAUCCGAACUGGUGGCAGGGCAGGGUGGACAAUUCAGGCAAAGACUUUGCCGGGCUCAUACCGUCCCCCGAACUUCAGGAAUGGCGUGUGGCGAGCAAAAGUAAGCGCAGCGAUGAAGCCGGUCCGUCGUGUAGUCCUUUUGGCAAAAAGAAGAAAUGCAAAGACAAGUAUCUGGCGAAACACAGCUCUAUCUUUGAUCAGCUUGAUGUCAUUUCUUAUGAAGAGGUUGUGCAGCUCCCUGCAUUCAAUCGAAAAACGCUGGUACUCAUAGGUGCUCCUGGUGUGGGAAGGAGUCACAUCAAAAGUUCGCUGCUGACCAAAUACCCAGAAAAGUUCGACUACCCUGCACCUCACACGACGAGAUCUCCGAGGAAAGACGAAGAAAACGGACAGGAAUAUUAUUUCGUCUCCGACGACGAGAUGACCAGAUGCAUCGUGGGGAACGAGCUCCUGGAGUACGGAAGUUUUCAGGGCAGCAUGUUCGGCACCAAGAUCGAGACCAUCCAGAAGAUCCAUGAGCAAGACAAGAUUGCACUGCUGGACGUCGAACCUCAGACGCUGAAACUCCUCAGAACAGCCGAGUUCGCUCCCCUGGUCGUGUUCAUAGCACCAACCAACACGGGCAACCAGUCGGAAGCACUGCAAGCCAUCCAGAAGGAAUCGGACACCAUUUUCAGCACCUACCGCCAUUUCUUCGACGUGAUCCUGGUCAACAACGACGUGGACGAGUGUGUGAAAGGUGUGGAAGAAGCCUUGGAGAGCGCCUCCUCCAGCCCACAGUGGGUUCCCGUGUCCUGGGUCUACUGAUGCCCACACGUUGAUCCCAUCACCUUCACGUUGAAUAAAGAACCCACACUAGUGUACACCAGGUGCAAUACCGAGUCACAAGACUAAACUCACGUUGUCCGUCAGUUCAAGCUGCUAACCCCGGCUAAGGUGUAUUUAUAAAUGUUUGUUUUAUUAAAAGCAAUAAGUUAGAGAUUUUCCUUUCGGAUAUGAAUCAGAUACGAGUUAAAAAAAAAAAAAGAAUAAAAAUAA